GAGCCAGUGUUAAAGACACCACUUAAAUCAUGUAUUAUCUUCGCCCAGCCGCGUCGUCGUCUACUAACUGGGUUAGUCAGUUGGCUUCGCUUUAGCAUCUGGGCUCUGGCUAUUUCCUGGAAGUCUAACGCCGCGAGAGCCUCUUUAUAUAACGGACUCACGUCGAGGCUGUAUUUAGACAUAUAAUUCACUCCCCUCGGGGUGAAAUCUACCUUUUUAUAAGCGUUUACUUUUGUAUUAAUUUCUAAUUUAGCGCUAAUACACGCAAUGUUAGCUCUAGCUAGCCGCUAGCCUGUAGCUUGGUGCCGUUGCUCCGUGACGUAACGGGACCUUUAAGGAUGUUUCUGUGGCCGUUAACGGCUCGGUGUGUCAGUCACGUGACUGUGACUGUCUGUCACACCUGGUGAUGCUACGUUUGCGUUUUUUGCUCCGCAGUUUGUGUGGAUAACAAUGCGCCUCUUGUCCCCUGAAAAGGUCCCCUGAAGCCCGAGGACGCUCCAGAUCCCCUUCCUCUGCCUGCGAGCCUGGCACCUGCACUGUUCGGACGCUUCAGGGUGUUUCACUGUGCAUCUUCGAGAGCCGAGAAACCACCAAGAAACCCUGCUGCAAUCAAUACAACACCAGCAACGGCCAUCGACCACCGUUCACUGCGGCUCUUGGACGAUCAGCGUUGUGUUUAUGUCUUUGUUUUGCGAAAACGAGCUGUUGCGCAGCCGUUGGAACCUGUGUGGUGGAAAUCUAGCCUUCAAGCAAGGAGCUUGCGGCCACAGCGGCACAGCGUUUUUCAUGUCAGAGACAGAGCGCGCUUGCAGUCGUUUAUGUCAUCCCCUCUUUUCCAGACAGAAGAUCCCGAAAAAUCCCCAACCAAGAUCCUUUUAUCUUACUGAUAGUGCUAACAUCCAGCCAAAAUGUCUGUCAACGUCAACCGCAGCGUGUCAGACCAGUUCUACCGCUACAAGAUGCCCCGUCUGAUUGCCAAGGUUGAAGGCAAAGGGAAUGGAAUCAAGACGGUCAUUGUCAACAUGGUUGAUGUUGCAAAGGCACUGAACAGGCCUCCAACAUACCCGACCAAGUUUUUUGGUUGUGAACUCGGUGCUCAGACCCAGUUUGAUAGCAAAAACGACCGUUACAUCGUCAACGGAUCCCACGAGGCGAACAAGUUGCAGGACAUGCUUGAUGGGUUCAUCAGAAAAUUUGUGCUGUGUCCCGAGUGUGACAACCCUGAAACUGAUCUGCAUGUCAAUCCCAAGAAACAAACCAUUGGCAACUCCUGUAAGGCCUGUGGAUAUCGUGGCAUGCUCGACACCAGACACAAACUCUGCACGUUCAUCCUCAAAAACCCACCAGAGGCCCCUGAAGCAGGAUCCGCAUCUGUGAAGAAAGAGAAGGACAAGAAGAACCGCAAGAAGGACAAGGAGAACGGCUCCGGCAGCGGAGAGGCUGGAACCCAAGAGAACUUCGAUGCACCUCAGGCUGUGGACGGAGACGACGAUGACGAGGACUGGGCGGAGGAGACUACAGAGGAGGCGCAGAGGAGGCGGAUGGAGGAGAUCAGCGACCACGCAAAGAACCUGACGCUCAGCGAAGACCUGGAGAAACCCCUGGAGGAGAGGGUCAACCUGUUCUACAACUUUGUGAAACAUAAGAAGGAGAGUGGAACCAUCGACGCGGCCGAUAAGGAGAUCUUGGCGGAGGCAGAGCGACUGGAUGUGAAGGCCAUGGGCCCCCUCAUCCUCAGCGAGCUGCUCUUCAACGAGAACAUCCGCGACCAGAUCAAGAAGUACAAACGCCACUUCCUGCGAUUCUGCCACAACAACAAGAAGGCCCAAAAGUAUCUGUUGGGAGGUUUCGAGUGUGUUGUGAAGCUGCACCAGGUCCAGCUGCUGUCUCGAGUUCCCAUCAUCCUCAAAGACCUGUACGACGCAGACCUGCUGGAGGAAGACGUGAUAUUCGCUUGGGCGGAGAAGGUUUCUAAGAAGUACGUCUCUAAGGAACUUGCCAAAGAGAUCCACGCUAAGGCUGCGCCUUUUGUGAAAUGGCUGAAGGAGGCGGAGGAGGAGAGCGAGGGCAGCGAGGAAGAGGAGGAGGAAGAUGAUGAGAACGUGGAGGUGGUGUACUCGUCCUCCGCCCGCGAGCUCAAGGUGGAGACUGUGAAACCAGACACGCCUGAAAAAGAAGAGGACGACAUUGACAUUGAUGCGAUCUGAGAGACGACGAUGACGAUGAUGAAGAUGCCGAUGCUUCUCUUGUGUUGUGGCUUUGACUCACGAUGCCCUGUACCACCUAAAUGGCCGGCCUCCCCCCUCCUCGACUCCCCCUCCCCUCCUCACCCCUCCCCUGCUUUGUGGCAUGACUUAACAUAGCGCUUUACUUGCUGCACAUUAACUCUGUAAUUUUGAGAUGUAUUCAGUUGAUGAAAUGAAGUCUCUUUGGGGAUUUUAAUCAUGGGUGUUUGGGGAUCAUUUUGACUGCACAUUGUUUUCUUUUUCUUUUUUUUUUGGUCCCUGUAUUUUUCCAGUCAAUAAAGAAUGAAUGUUUUGCUAUCCACCACA